AUGGGAGGAAAUUCGCCAUGUGCUUCCUGCAAGUUGCUUCGUCGACGCUGUGCCAAGGACUGUAUCUUCGCCCCUUACUUCCCUUCUGAUGAUCCCCACAAGUUUGCCAUAGUUCACAAGGUUUUUGGUGCUAGCAAUGUCAGCAAAAUGUUGCAGGAGCUACCAGUUCAGCAACGGGCAGAUGCAGUGAGCAGCUUAGUGUAUGAAGCAAACGCAAGGGCGAGAGACCCAGUUUAUGGAUGUGUAGGAGCCAUAUCUUAUUUACAGAACCAGGUUUCUCAGCUUCAAAUGCAGCUAGCAGUGGCUCAAGCUGAAAUACUGUGCAUCCAGAUGCAGCAAGAGCCAAUGCUACCAACCCCUCAACUUGACCAAGAAGAUGUUAAAUCAUCUUUUCUCCACAAUAACCACCUCCCAUCUCAUCAUCAUCAUCAGUACCUCAAUUUUGCUAAUCCUUCUACUAAUGUAAUCCAUGAUUAUUCUCUCAAGAGAGAGAGCAUCUUUGGGGACAUAGUAUCUUAAUAAAAUCUCUCUUUUCUUUUCAAA